UUCUCAUUUUCUCCACCUCCACGCUUGGGCGUAGUCACAGACGUCUGCGCAGACUCAGAGUGGGUGGCUCCUCCGGAGACUUCAUUUUGGGUGUGAGGCCCCAACCUCUGCCCUUCCCACCAUGCCCUGUGCCUAAACCCGGCUCCACAAUCCUCCAUGUGCUGCCGUCCUGUGACCUGCUGCCGCUGCUGUUGGCUUCAGCUUUAGUGCAGCUUAGCACAACUCCUGGUCCCCGUGUGUCCCAUGUGACAUGGCCUACAUCAGCUAUCAAGACUGGGCUGUAGGUGGCUUGUGCACCAGAGCUGGAAGCGAUGAAGACUUGGACCUGAGGGAACAAUUUAUCAUAGUAGUUCUGUUUUUUCUUGAGUGGCUUGUCUUUGUGGGAGUUAUAGGCUUCCUAACAUUCCAGAUAAUCUUGUACACCAUUUGGAAAAAUGAGGAGGAGGAGGAGCAGGAAGUGGAUGACAUCGCCAUGUUGCAGAAGCCUCCACCCAUCAAUGAAGAGCAGCAGCAAGAGGAGGAGGUAGAUGAAUAUGAAUUGAAUGAGUAUGCAGACGAUGAUGUAUUUGAGUUCAAGUUCAGUGAGAAUUUCUAUGAGGACUUGGACUUCAUGGAGAACAUGAAUGAAGAGGAUAGCAAGGAGGAGGAGGAUGACGACGCUGAUGACAGCGAUGAUUCAGGAACUUCAAGUGUCUGUUUAACUGCUAAUAGAUUCCUGAAGGAGGAAGUUAAGUAUAAGAUGUAUUAUUACUUUCAUGACCUUGACGUUCUGGAGUCACAAUCAGUGGUCACUGAUGAGCCAACUGCAUGUGAGUGUGACUCUUCAGAUGAAUCAUUUGAAGGAAUUGCCGAUGAGGAGCAUUGGGGAAAGGAAGAAAAUGGCGACUUGGAAGGAUGGUUUUACAAGAAUUGGGACUACCAGGACAGGAACUCUCCAGAAUGCUGCUUCCCUGAGGAACACAGCUGCAAAGCUUAGAAGGAAGAAAUGUGUGAAGAAAGAGGGAGAAAAGUUAUUAAUUUUCUGAAAAUUGACUUUGUUCUACAGUUCAUCACAGAAGGGCCAUCUGCUGACAGGUGACUUUCCACUAAUUUCAUGGAUGCUUUUGGCCAUGUUCAAAAUAAAAGUUUGUUUGUGCUGCA